AUGAGCUCCGCGCAUCCCCUCCGCGAGCGAUUGCAGUCCAAUUCCCCCGAGCCAGACCCCGCCCGCCCCACGACCCCGCUCCGCAUCAACAAGCACCCGUCCCCCGGCCCCCGCCAGUCCGCAAGUCACGUCCAGGUCGCCCGUCGCUCGUCCACCUCCUUCAAGCAUGUGCGCGACAACAAUCUCGUCACCAAGAGCCCCUUUCGCACCCUCAUCCCCCACGCACUCGCCUCGCCCCGCAAGGUCAGCGGCGAAAAGCGUCCCCGUCCAGACUCUAUGCACUCCCAAGCGGAAAAUGAGAAGCCACUCGGGUUCAAGCGAAGACAAUCCAAGGGUUUCCAGGGCCUGUUACAGAAGGAGCCAGUCACCAAAAGCCCCUUUCGCCACUCUUCAGAGUCCUCCUCCGACCCGCCCCCGCCUCUCGUCCCGCCCAAGGUGAAACUGAGGGAGCUGCCUCAGUCCGCCAUUCCCGUUCCCUCCCCUGUCCGUGGCGUGCUGUCGAGCUCGCGCAAGGUAGUCGGUCCCCGCAGCGUCGGCGAACAGCGCCACCACCGUCGCAAGACAGUCACGUUUGACGAACGCUGCGACGUCCUCGAGUUCUCGGCAGAGGAAGACGGUCUGGACGAGUACCUGGACGACGGCAUCUACAGCCACGGCUUCAGCUACGACACUCAGGAAGAGGACCAGUCGAUGGAGGAUAGCUUUGAGUCCGGUCUGCAGCCAGGCGACGACAGCAUCACGGGGCUCGUCGACUCGAUCCUGCAGGCCGCCCGUCCGCACACGCCUCCCCGAUCAGAAGACGAGGAGGACGUCGAACUGCUUCCUCCCUCUCCAUCUCCCGCCAAGCAUCCUCGGCCUCCGCGCCAGGCCUCCCCCCACGAAGAGCCUCAGCCAGAAGACUCACAGCCUCAAAUCAAGGACGAAGACCCUCCGCCGGGCCUCGAAGAGUCCUUCCACUCCCUCCGCUCGGUCCGCUCCAACGAUUCCCUCGAAGACCCCUCGAACCUGUCCAUCGGGCAUUCCGAGGUGUCGCUCACGAACCUCGACAGCGCCUCCCUCCUUGCCGACACCGCGUUGGAAGGAGACGUGUUUGCUCCUGUCGCCGACUCGUCUCCUCGGUCGCGCUCUGGUACGCCCCUCGACAGGUCGCUGGAUCGUUCCUUCGAGCGCGCGCUCAACCGGUCCUUGGAAGCGCGUACAACCCCGAGCCUGACGGCGUCGCGACUGAACUCGCCGCGGUCGGGCUCUGGGUCGCCAUUCCCGCGCCAGCUGUUCAAGCCGUCGAGCACGUCGAGCUUGGGGAGCAUUGGGAACACGCACCGACGGGCGAGCCCGCUGAUCACGCGCGAGGCGGUCCAGGAGCGGCUGCUUCGCCGCAAGAGCGAGGAGGUGCUCUCGGUUGGCAGCAGCCCUGUCCCUACUGUCGUCGAGGAGUCUGCCCGCAGUGAUGCCGAGGCAGACGUCUCACGGGCGACGGAGCCGGGGGACGAGCCGCCCCGCAGCUCCAGAGUGAUGGCCCGCGGGCAGAACCCCACCCACGACGGCGUCGUCUCCGUCGACCCCGAGCCCCAGCCGAUAGACCCGCCACGCCCGUCUCCCUCCGUCAUCCAGCGCGCGUACACGAUCGACAUCGUCGACGGCGCGGCCGGAGGGGGCGACGCGAAGAUGGACGCGAAACGCGCGUUUGCCGGCCUGGAGCUCGACUUCGAGCACGGGUUCGGCCUGGGGGAGGAGGGGAUGAGCGUGAGCGCGGGCCUGGGCGUCGGGAUCGCGGCUCGGGCGAAGCGGCACAGCAGGAGCGAGAGCGUUCAUGGGGGCGUGCACCUCGGAGACGUGAGCGCGCUGGACCGGCUGAUGGAGGAUAUAGGGCACGGGGCGGGGGCGGACUCGUCCGCCGUGUCGGCGGGUACCGAGGCGUCCGUUUUGUCUACAGAGGAGGAGAGCGGAGAGCCGGGCAAUGCGGAGGGGAAGUCGUUUGGGAGCGUGAAGGUCGAGGGAGUCAGAGGCGCGACGUUCUCGUUGCCGGAUAUCGUCCGCGAUGAAGAUGGCAUGGCCAUGGACAUAGACGUGGGGCUCGACCGCGCCACUCCGCUGUCUGCCGUUCCGAAAUCUCUUCCCUCAGCGCGCUCGGCGAAUCCUUCUCCACCGCCGCCGCCUCCCCCACCGAAAGACGCCCGGCGUGCGCGCGAGCAGCUCAUCCUCGCCAAGAAGCGCGAGCAGAGACGGGCAGAGUACGAGGAAGAGAGCGAGAGGGGCUCGCCUGCGCCCGAGAUCGUCGUCGCACCGCGUCCAGCGUCUGCUCUCGGCGUUGCCGGACGGUCGACGCUUGCGCAAGCGGCGGUCCACCGACGGGCGAAGAGCUCCGCGGACGACGGGCUGUUGGAUGUAACGCCGAUGAAAGACGACGACGCGCCCCUCGCUGCGACAAUCAACCGGGAGUUGAAGAAGCGCGAAGGCAGGACGCGCGCCAAGUACCAGGUGCGGGAGCAUUCGGAGACGAUCUACGCGUCCGCGGACGCGCCGCACGCGAAUGGCGAGACGAACUCAGGAAAGGCCUGGCGCACGAUCCGGAGGCCGUCGGAUAUGAACGAGCACGCGAAGCAGCUCAAGGAGCUUCGCGAGCAGCAGAAGAACGGGAAGGCGCACGGCAAGGUCUUCGUGAAAGUUGUUGGUCUGAGGAACCUCGACGUCCCGGUGCCUGCGGAGCCCACCGUCAUCACUUGUACUUUGAACAACGGCAUACACUUUGUGACCACGCCGGAUGCCGCUCUUGGCAAGGAUUGCGCGAUUGACCAAGAGUUCGAGCUGAUCGAACACAGCAAGCUUGAGUUCACGUUGACGAUCAAGGUCAAGAGAGACCCUCACGUCGUCGCACAGUUCAAGGCGUGCCAGCCUCCUCCACAACCACGGCCGCCACCGCAGCCUCUUCCACCGCCUGCUUCGAAGGGCGGCAGUAACCACGCAAAGAGCGGUGGCAUGCGCAGCUUCCUGUUCGGCUCCCCCAAGAAGGGAAAGACCGCCCAACGCGCUGCGUCCCCAGUGCCGCCUCCUCCUCCUCCACACGCGCCAGCUCCCACCUUCAAACUGCCGGAGAACCUGGCGCGGUACCUCAAGCCGGACGGGACGCUCGCGCGUGCGUUCAUCUCGUUCAAGGACAUCGCGCCGCAUUGCGAUACCCGGCUCAUGGAGACCACCUUCCCGCUCAUCGGCCAGAAGACGCAAGUGGGCACGGCCGUCCAGGUCAUGCAGGUCGGCGAGAUCGUCCUGCAUAUCUUCAGGUUGCCGCCGCUGCCGGGUAUUCCGCCUGAGCAGCUGCCACAGAGCUUGGAGGAGUGUCAUCGGGGGCUGACGCACACGCGAUGGCACAAGUCUUGCUACAUGCAGGGCACGUUGACGCAACUGGGUGGUGACUGCAACGUCCUUCGCCGUCGACAUCUGAGGAUCAUUGGGUGCAGCCUCAUCGCAUACAAUGACGUGACGAGGCGCGCUAUCGCGAGCAUAGAUCUCCGGAAGGCAACGGCAGUCGACGACGGUCGCAAGGAACCCAUACAAAGCCCUGCGUCGGGAGGAACGGCGCACAGCUAUGACGACGACGACGCAUUCGGUGCCGGCAGACACGGCUUCCAACUCAAGUUCGGCUCCGAGCACAUCACAUUCGUCGCGGAUACGGAGCAGGAGAAGGAUGACUGGGUCAACAUACUUAAGGCACUCGUUGGCCGGAUCCCUCCAAAUCCCCUGUGGGCCGAGCUCCUCUUCCAACGACAAGAGCAGCUGAAGCACGCGGCGCAAGCGCAGGGAUCUGGGCCCCCAUCCUCCACUUCUGUUUCAUCAUAGACUUUUCUCUCCCCUCUUCUCGUUUGACGUUUCAUUCUCUGUCGCUUACGCUUUCCGAUUCUUGACUUGCCGUACAUGCCUCGACCUUCCUCCUUCCUCUCUCCCGCCCUCCGAUUUCUUCGCUCUUUGUCCAGAAACGCUUACCCACUACUGUUAAUUGGGCUGUAUGUCUACACUACAACUCUCCUUUUUCUCCUGUUCAUGCCGCUCCGGCCUCUCCCAGAUUCGCGUCCGUGUGAGUAUGAUGAUCUCGACGAAGUUCAGACUAUGUAUCUAUGUAUUACGAGUCACGAUGAAAUGCAUGCAUUCA